CUCCAUGGCUGCAUGGGAGGAGCAAAAAAAAAAACAUGGCGGCUUACAGUAGAGCCUCCUUGCAGUUAUUUUUAUCAGCUCAGACCUCGUGUGUGAGCUCUAUCAGAAAUGUACAAGUGAAAAGUGCAGAAGUGAAUCCGUUAUAUCCACCGAUUUUACCGUCUCGGACAGCGAAGAGUAAAUCCGCGAAACGGCGGGUGUUACUGGAGUUUUUCGAGCGGCUGCGAUCAGUCGAGCCCCAGGAAAAGAUCCGAGCUCUCACCCGCAUCCAGCGCAUGAAAUAUGUGGUUCCGGCUCAGGUUUCGGCUAUAGGAGCGGAUCAGUGGUACCAGCAUUUCACCAAGACGGCGUACCUUCCGGCUCUUCCGGAGAAGUUGAUCACCACUGAGAUAGAGGAGGCUGCGGUGUCUGAUCUGAGCUCCACAGUGCGCAGCUCUCUCCUGCAGGAGCACUGGUACAUGAAGAAAGGCAGGACGUUCAUUUACAAAGAGCAGAAACAGUUUGUUGCACCCUUUUUGAUGAACACUGUGUCUGGGCUUAUUGCCUCGUUGGCCAGCAGAAAUCCUGUGCUCCAGCUGUCUAGUUUAGAUCAGUCUCCUCAUGUCAACUUCUACUGGGUGAACGGAGAGAGGACUAUUCUCAGAGGACACCGGCGAGGCAGAGUCGAGCCACAGAGGUUCCAGAUUGAUGACCGACCUCACAGCCAGAUCCGCAUCAGGCAGCAGCUACCUGAGUUUGUACCACUUGAGACAGAGGUAGCUGCUGAAGUGCCAGUCAUCCAGUUGGCGCCUGAUCGUCUCCCUUUGUUCCAAAAACAGUAUGAUAAUAAUAUCUCGACAGGUGCUAAAGUGCCAGACCCAUGCUGCUAUGGUCACACACAGUUCCACAUGGUCCCUGAUCAGUUCCGCAGGGACAAACUAAUUAAUAAAAGACUCUCCGAUCACAUUGAGGUGUUUUUGAGGGCCAACGCUAUUGCAAGCCUCUUUGCAUGGACUGGAGCACAGGCCAUGUAUCAGGGCUUCUGGAGUGAACAGGAUGUGAGCAGGCCAUUUGUGUCCCAGGCUGUGAUCACCGAUGGGCAGUACUUUUCUUUCUUCUGCUACCAGCUCAACACACUGGCGCUGAGUUCGUUUUCUGUUCCCGACAACCCACGUAAGAACCUGUGCUGGGGCACAGAAAGCCUGCGCCUCUACGACAGAGUUACAGAUGGCAAUGUGAUCGGCUGGGAUAACGACGUGUUUAAGCUCCUUGUAAAGUUUCUGCUGAAUCAGCCAUAAAUUAAUUCAAGAGAGCCUGAGUGUGGAAAGGUGGUGGAAUUUUCCUAACAUAAAAUAAAUAUAAUGUAAUAUAAUAUGCCACUGGGUGUUGCAGUUGUUAUUUGAAAUUGAACCCAUGUGCAGUUUAAAUUUUCACAAUAAAUGAAAAAUACCAGUAUACUCUAA